UGGGUGGUGCAUGUCAAAGAGCAUCCACAUGAUUACCAAAACAGAAGGUUUCCCUGAAGCACGUUGCAUUGUAAACAGUACUGUGUCUGAUUAUUUUGAUGUUUUUAUUGCAGUAUUUGGGUUAAAACAGUUUUUUUCUGCCCUCUCAUCCACGCCAAAUUUCUCUGGCGGAAGUACACAAGUUGAGCUCGAAAGCAGGGAGGAGUAGGAGGAGGAGGAGGAGGAGGAGGAGGAAAUGUUGUUGUACCAUAGCAGAGAGCACCCCAGGGCAGGGAGACACCCAACUCGCAAAGUCGGUGUCGAGUUUACUGUUUUAUCUUCUCCGAGUAAACAACGGAACCAUGCCGAGCGUAAAGAGCGUCAAAGUCACCUACGACCCUAUCAAUGAGAGAAACACUUUCAGCAGCGGUGACAGCAUUUCGGGUCGAGUCACCGUGGAAGUGGAGAAAGACUGUGAGAUUCAGUCGCUCCUAAUUAAAUUCAAAGGGAAGGCGGACGUGCUUUGGUCCGAGAAGCACGGUCAAACUACCGUCGUGUACCACGCCAAGGAUAAGUACUUCAGCGUGAAACAUUAUUUCAUUCAAGACCACAAGAAGAAACACAAAAAUGAUGACAGUGAAGCACAACUCUUAAACCAGAAUGGAGAAACAUACAGCAAUGUUAUUCCUCCAGGAAUCCACAUUUACCCGUUCACCUUUCAGAUCCCUUUCCAGGAAAUGCCCUCGUCGUUCAAAGGCUCUGUUGGUAAAAUUGUGUACUUGCUGGAAGCCAAGCUGAGCAGAUCAAUGAGGAUUGACAAGAAAGAUUCAACCAAGAUCAACUUUGUGACACACGCAGAUGUGAGCAGCAACCCUGCACUAAUGACACCACAGCAUGAGACUAAGGAUAAGAAAAUGAAGGUCUUCACCUCAGGAACAGUGGCCAUGGAUGUGAAACUUGAAAAAACUGGAUUCUUCCAAGGAGAGGGAUUAAAAGUUCAGGCCUACAUUGAGAACAACUCGUCUCGUGAAAUCAAGCCCAAGUACUGCAUAUACAGAAAGCACAGCUUCUUUGCUGAUGGGAAGAGAAGAGUUGAUACCAAAGACCUCUUAAAAGAAGUGGGAGAGCCCAUCCCUCCUUCCACUAAUGAAAAGGUUUCAAGAGUCAUUACCAUCCCUCAGGAUAUGGAGCCCUCCAUCCACAACUGCAGCAUCAUAAAAGUGGAGUACAGACUCAGGGUCUACCUCGAUGUCAAAUACGCUUCUGAUCCAGAGAUUAAGUUUCCCAUAGUCAUCCUGCCCGCCUCUCCGGUUCCUGCUCUUGCACCACCACCUGCUGCUUCUGGCUUUGGAUUUGAACCAUUUGGCAACACAAACCCACCGGCAUGGGGCUCUGCACCACCGCAACCACCAGCAGCGCCCCACCCCCUGGAUCCCCCGCCUCCCUAUGGAGCGUAUGGAUUGUAUCCGUCUUUUACAGAUUUUGGCGAUAAAAAAUAAGUCAGUGAUGGGACUUUGAAGAUACCUGGACAAACACUUGGUUAUCACAAAACAGUAGCUUUCUUUUUUGUGUUUGUAUGAAUUUGGUUGAAAUUGGCUUUCACAAGAUUCUAUUAGAGUUUACUUUGAUAUUUACUAAAACCUGAAUAAUUCUGGAUUUUUGGGGCUGAUAUUGUUAUUGAAGAAUAUAACUGACCAGUGUUAACACUGUUACAUAAUCCAAAAAGAUUAGUCAUCAUCUUGUGCUAGCGGACAUAUGUUUUAUCAAGGCAAGAUUUUUCUUACAUAACUCUGUGGUUUGAUUGAACCUGUUUGCUUGAAACUGCCACUAUGGUACUCAGCUCUUUUGUCCUUUGUACAGGGGAGUGUCAUGCGUGAAACAAAAGUGGUAAAAUAUGUCGAAUCAUUUCCAAAAUAACCUGCUGUAAAAUAAGCAGCUGCAAAGUAGGGAUCAUUGCACAAUUUCAGUUACCUCUGCAGGAGCAGUCUGUGAUUCUGCGAAGUCGGUGUUAUUGUAUCUGUAGUGACAGAAGAAGAUGCAGUAACUGUUACAGGAACAUGACUUUCUGAGUUUUAAUAUUGUUGAAAGGCUGUCAGAUAUAAGCUCUCCUGUUCCAGAUAGUACUGUAAUAUUUUCUCUAUGAUAUGACUGUUGUAGUUUAGUGGAAAUUCAUGUAUUAACGCACACAUUUAAAUAACUCUUCUCUAGUUUUACGUGUAAAGGUCAGUUUACCCGUCAGGGUUUGUACUUCCAACACUUAAAUGUAUUUUGUGUCUCUGAAGGGAACUUUGUAAAAGCAGAAAGGAAAACCCCAGUAAUGUUAUCACAGUUAUUUUAAGGCUUGAGCCUGAAAUAUUUAACCAAAUGUUUGUGUUUUAUAAGAUAAAGUUUAACAGCCAACACAGGUCUUGUCCCAUAAUGUCACUGUUCACUGACAUUAUGGGACUAACAGGAUCGAGCAUAUUUCAAGCUUGGCUCAAGUCGGUCAAGUCAGGAUCUUGCUGCCUCUGCUGAUAGGACUUUGACCUUUGUUUUAUUUGUAUUUCUGGUGUACUCCUGCUAUAUUGCAUGUAUUUUUUUGUCCUACCUCUGUCGUGAAUUUCACAGAGGGAGGGAGUUAAUUAUAGGCAUACACUGUGAAUGAUGAAAUAAGUGAGCCACAGACACAAGAUCAACUCUGGAAUACAGAUACUGUUCUGUUGAUGUGUGUAAACAUUGAAUUCGGCCUUUGUGUCGAGUGAUGUGUGAUGUUACUGGAUGUAGUGUUACUGUUCAUUACAUUUCUUUGUGCUGUUUUCACUGAACUCUGUAACCAUAUGUUUGUCCUGCCAGCAUGCUAAAAGUUCUUUAAACAAAAAAAAAGGCUUUGGAAAUAAACCCACUUUGUUGCCAUAAAAUUA